ACGGAGGUCUGGGUUUCGAUUCCCGGGGCGAGCGCGAUGGCGUCAAGAGCUCCUCCGCGGCUAUGGCGAUGGCGACUACAUCCGGCCCUGUCUUUAAAGUUAGAGACACGUGUCUCUAAUGGGGCUGUGUCCUUAGAUUUUAGGGCAAGGCGAGAGCGUGAUGGCGGCAAUGGUGCCUGGCAGUGCUUUGCGGGGGCGAUUGGUGAUUGCACUCACAAUUGUGAAUUAAAAAGCCUCCAGGAGCGUCAUGGACGAUUAUUCUAUGGUACCUCAUGUACCACUGGAGUGGAAUUCAUCGCAUCAACAAGUCGUGGCAAAACAAUCACUAGUUGGUCUAUCAUGGAGCUCAUUAGCAGCAUCCUCCCGCGUGGAAAAAGCUAAAAGGCUGCACAAAUAUCUCGCUGAUGUGGUUGAAGUUCCGGACGAAGUUUUUGCGCUAGAGAAUCUUCAUCAAGUUCUUUCUAUUGAGACAUGGAACUCCUGUCUUUCAGAUCUAGAAAAGGAGCACCUGUGCGGAUUGCUGCCCCAGGGGUGUGACAUCGAGAAAGCCAUCACGGCUUUGCUGGCUGGCGAAAAUGUGAACUUUGGAAAUCCCUUGACGUCAUGGGGCGAGCUGGCUUGCAGCAGAGCUAUGCAUCCCGACGUAGUUGUUUUAACACAAGCGCGGAUUCACAACGAACGAAAGAACUACCGUGUAUCUUUGCGAAAGUUUCAUCAAACAAUGAUUCAAAACCUUCAGCAGCUCAAAACUUUGUGGAAGGCUUGCAAAACCCAGGAAAACAUUUGUGCAGAAACUCAGAGGUGGAUAAGAGCAAGGAAGCCAGCGUCCUUGUUACUACAAAAUUCACACCUUGUGAAUGGUGACAAUCUAAGCGACAUAACAGAUGAAGCUUACUUGAGGCAGCGAUUAAAAAGGCGACGGAGCCUUGUGCCAGAGUCUGCUGUAGAAAGAGCGAACGCUGCUGUCGAAUUAGCUAUGAACGAAUGGUAUAAGGCUGUGGAUGGCUCGAGCACUGAACUACGAACAAUAAUGGUAACACGAAAGCAAUUCAUCGAGAUAGCGAAUAGGAAAUCAACUGGCGCGGACCUUCGUCUUGACACUCUAAAAGACGUGCUUGGCUGCUCGACAAGAUUGCAAACGAGUGACGAGCACUUCAAGAGUUACUGGCACUCUCUCGCUCGCAAAGAUUUGCCUGAGGUUCAUAAAGCUUUCAUGAAUAGAGUCUCAGGGAGAAAAGAACUGGCGACAUUGGUAGCCAAACAAUGCAUGCAUCGAUAUCCCAAAUCCGAGAAAAAAAAUUCAGGGGCUGUGAUGGCGAGGCCCAAAGCCUUGUCUCUCCUUCCAACAGUAUCAUCAACAAGAUUUCUUCCGGAGCGAUGUAAUGCUAAUGGUAAACUAGACACCACCAGUGUAAAUUCUCAGAGCUUGCUUUACUACCAAAGAGUUGGAGUUCCAUCCGAGGACGACGAGCUUGCUUCCAUCCAGGAACUAUGGAGUUACAAUUGUUUGCAGGACGCUCCCAUUCAUUUGUAAUAAAAGGAUCCAAUAUAUUUUUUCCUCUUGUGUGAUCA